UCAUCUAUUUAAGAACGUGUUAGAGUAAUCUUUUUCUUGCCCCAUUAUGUUGAAUAGUUCCAUUUUAGGUUAAUUUUGUGUAAUUUUAAUCAUUGAGGGAGCCUAGGGAACAAAGGGUUUUUGUGGGUGAUGCUCUUUUGAGUUAAUUUCGUGCUCUUGAGCUCCUCUAGGUCGUUAACCCUAUAAAAGUAUGUUUUUUUGUGUGUUCUUGAAGCCUAUUUUUAAGACAUUGUAUAAUAUUAAUCCACUUUCAUUGUUGUUGAUAUGAAUCAGAUGAUUUCUUCAAAGUGAAUGAUGGUUAUUUAAGGAUUUACUGCCCUUCUGAAGUGUAACUUGUUUGUGAUCCACCCACAUUUCUCUGAUUUAGCAUUUUCAGAAGGUACAACUUUGGUGGUGAAGGAAUGAGCAGUUCUUUUGGUGGACCGGCUAAAAUCCUCAAAAAGAGCUUUAUUCGGACCUCUGAGGCGUGCCGUCUUUUCUGAUCUCAUUACCAAAAAUGAGUGUUAUGAAGCAACGUAUACCAUCCAACUUCCCUUGCAAUGCAGAACUUGAGGUGGACAAGAUCAGCAACUUACCAGCACAGAUUGUCGACAAGAUUUUGUCUCAUUUGUCACUUAGGGAUGCUGUGAGGACAAGUGUCUUGUCCAGUAAAUGGAGAUAUAAAUGGGUUACUCUUCCAAACCUUGUAUUUGACAAUCAAUCUCUUUUGAUCUCUUCCCAAGACCAAACCUUCAUAAAAAAUAAGAUAGUAAACAUUGUUGAUCAUGUUCUCUUACUUCAUUCUGGUCCCAUACACAAGUUCAAGCUUUCUCAUCGGGAUCUUCAAGGGGUGUGUGAUAUUGAUAGAUGGAUUCUCUUUCUCUCAAGGGGUUCCAUGAAGGAAUUUAUUCUUGAAAUAUGGAAAGGACAUCGCUACAAACUCCAUUCUUCUAUAUAUCUUUGUCAAAAGUUGAUCCACUUGGAGCUUUUUAAUUGUCUUCUAAAACCUCCUCUCACGUUCAGUGGUUUUAAAAGCCUGCAAAGCCUCGAUCUUCAGCACAUCACCAUGGAACAGGAUGCAUUUGAGCAUCUCGUAUCGAGCUGCCAUUUACUUGAGCGGCUUACACUGAUGAAUUUUGAGGGGUUCUCUGAUCUUAAAAUCCAUGCACCAAAUCUCCUCUUCUUUGACGUUGGAGGCAUCUUUGAAGACAUCAAUUUCAUGAACACAUUCAAUCUUGCCAUCGUUUCUAUUGGGUUAUAUGUAAAUCCUGGAUUUGACAGAAAUCUUUCUCUAGGCAGUGCUGGAAAUUUGGUCAAGUUUUUUGCUCAUUUGCCUCGUCUUCAAAGGCUCGAAGUACAGAGCUUCUUCUUGAAGUAUCUGGCUGAUGGUAAGGUACCAGGAAGACUACCUACGCCUUGUGACGAGCUUAGUUUUCUUUCGAUACGCAUAAAUUUCAACCAUUUGGAUGAGUGUCUUGCAGCACUUUGCCUUCUCAGAAGUUCUCCCAACCUACAAGAGCUUGAGAUGUUGGCACGCACAGAAGAACAAAGUGCUUUGAGAACAGUUUCCGAUGUUGUGGAAGAGAAUUAUCAGAAUUGUAUGUUUAAUCAAUUGCGGCAUGUUAAGAUUGCUGGUAUAUCUGGCCUUAAACAAGAGCUGAAUUUCAUCAAUUUUCUGCUUGCAAAUUCACCUAUUCUUGAAAGGAUGACAGUAAAGCCAGCUUCAGUUGAUGGUGCAUGGGAGAUGCUAAAAGAGUUGCUUCGCUUCAAGAGAGCUUCGGUACAAGCUGAAAUUAUUUACCUUGACCCUUAAUCGAUAGCAUGUCUUGGCUGGGGAGCCUAAGGCCUUGUAAGAAUGUAAGAUAUAGGGGUGUCUACUAUUGAAUUUGACUAUAUUAGUUCAGCAUCUCGUGUAGAAAGUAGAAACUGAGCUAGACUGUCUGAUGAAACUGAUGUUAAAUGAAAGCACCAACGUGAUCGGCGGAGGGAUUGGAAACAGAAAGAUGAUCAAAAUACUGAAAUUUUUUUCUUCUGUUGGUCAGUGUUUGAUCUCUGAAAACGUCCUCGUAGAAGUCAUGAAGUUUCUGAACAAUACAACUAGUUGUAUAUUUGUACUACUUCCGUAGAUUGGGAGAUGAGUUCAGAGAGCAACGGAGCUCUCUUGUUCUUCUCUGAUGUUAAACCCCAAUGCGUGUGUUGUGCUCAUGUUGGAAGUGUUGUCAAACGUGUUAUUAUUGUCUUGAAGAA